ACACUACACUCACCAGCCGGCUUUCCAUUUAAGAAGGUGCAGUUAAUUCAGUGGUGGACAGGGAAUAAAAACAACUUUUAAUGUUUUUGUUGUUAAUUCUAGUCUAAACCGUUCUUAAUUUUUAUACUUACCAAUUCAUUCUAAACACCAAGAAACGUUUUGGUGUUUUAAGAUACAGUUAUUGUUUAUUUUUUUUUUGUAGAUUCUUAAAAUGUCAGUGGUGGGGAUUGAUGUCGGCUAUCAAAGCUGCUAUGUUGCGGUAGCCAGGGCCGGAGGGAUUGAGACCGUAGCGAACGAGUACAGCGAUCGCAGCACACCCUCUUUUGUGUCAUUUGGGCCACGGAACCGUUCGAUUGGAGCAGCUGCUAAAAGUCAGGUGGUCUCAAAUUCUAAAAAUACAGUACAUGGAUUUAAACGGUUCCUUGGCCGGGCAUACACUGACCCUUUUAUUCAGUCAGAAAAAGCCAAACUUCCAUAUGAACUUGCCCAAAUGCCAACAGGCACAACUGGCAUCAAGCUGAUGUACAUGGAGGAGGAGAAAGUUUUUAGUGCUGAGCAAAUGGCGGGCAUGUUGAUGACCAAACUAAAGGAGACGGCAGAAAAUGCAUUGAAAAAACCUGUGGCAGAUUGCGUCAUAUCAGUUCCCUGUUUCUACACAGAUGCUGAGAGGAGGUCGAUGAUAGAUGCUGCUCAGAUUGCAGGGUUUAAUUGUCUGAGGCUCAUGAAUGAAACCACAGCAGUUGCAUUGGCGUAUGGAAUUUAUAAACAAGAUCUUCCUGCCCCAGAGGAAAAGCCAAGAAAUGUUGUGUUUGUUGAUUUGGGACAUUCGGCAUACCAGGUUUCAGUCUGUGCUUUCAACAAAGGAAAACUGAAGGUUCUUGCUACAGCUUUUGAUCCACAUUUGGGUGGAAAAGAUUUUGAUGAAGUUUUAGUUGAUCACUUCUGUGUAGAAUUUGGUAAAAAGUACAAACUGGAUGUUAAGUCGAAGAUCAAAGCACUUCUAAGGCUUUAUCAGGAGUGUGAGAAACUGAAGAAGCUGAUGAGCGCCAAUUCUUCAGAUCUGCCCUUGAAUAUUGAAUGUUUCAUGAAUGACAUCGAUGUUUCUGGAAAACUGAACAGAGGGCAAUUUGAGGAGAUGUGUGCAGGACUCUUUGCUAAAGUAGAAGCUCCACUCCGCAGCAUUUUGGAACAAGCAAGGCUGAAGAAAGAAGAUAUUUAUGCUGUUGAAAUUGUGGGCGGUGCUACAAGAAUCCCAGCAGUGAAAGAAAGAAUUGGCAAAUUCUUUGGCAAAGAAAUCUGUACAACCUUAAACGCAGAUGAGGCUGUUGCUCGAGGCUGUGCCCUUCAGUGUGCUAUUCUGUCCCCUGCAUUCAAAGUGAGAGAGUUUUCCAUUACGGACCUGGUUCCUUAUCCAAUCUCCCUAAAGUGGAAUUCUGCAGCAGAAGAAGGACUAAGUGACUGUGAAGUAUUCCAGAAGAAUCAUGCAGCACCGUUCUCCAAAGUUCUAACUUUCUACAGAAAGGAAGCUUUUUCUUUGGAAGCGUAUUACAACUGUCCUAAAGAACUGCCUUAUCCAGAUCCCACUAUAGGUCAGUUUCUGAUUCAGAAGGUGGUUCCUCAGGCUAAUGGGGAGAGCUCCAAAAUUAAAGUUAAAGUCCGAGUGAACGUACACGGCGUGUUUAGUGUGUCAACUGCCUCUCUUGUGGAGAUACAAAAAUUAGAGGAAGGUGAAGAGCCAAUGGAAACUGAGCAACAAACAAAGGAGGAGGAGAAUAAGAUGCAUGUAGAUCAAGAGGAUCAGAAAUCUCAAGGUGAUGCAAGCCCGCAAAAAGAAACUGCUGAAAAAAAGAAUGAACCCGACGAAAUGGAGACUUCUGCAGAAGAGGCAAAACAGGAAAAGAAAAAUGAUCAACCCCCACAGGCAAAGAAACCCAAAGUAAAAACAAAGACUGUGGAUCUUCCCAUUGAACACAGCUUACAGUGGCAACUGAGCAACGAUACGCUGAACUUGUUUGUUGAAAACGAGGGUAAGAUGAUAAUGCAGGACAAACUUGAAAAGGAACGAAAUGAUGCAAAGAAUAAUGUAGAGGAGUAUGUGUAUGAAAUGAGAGACAAGCUGAGUGGUCUCCUGGAGAAGUUUGUUGGGGAUGAUGAUCGCGACUUGCUGUCAUUGAAGCUGGAAGACACAGAAAAUUGGCUGUAUGAAGAUGGGGAGGACCAGCCGAAGCAAGUUUACAUUGACAAACUAGCUGAACUGAAGAAACUAGGCCAGCCAAUUCAGGAGAGAUGUCAAGAGGCUGAAGAGAGACCAAAGGCUUUUGAUGACCUUGGGAAGAGAGUCCAACACUAUAUGAAAGUAGUUGGUGCCUACAAAAACCAGGACGAGCAAUAUGAACACUUGGAUGCAGUUGACAUGGAGAAAGUGGAGAAGUUGGUAAAUGAGGCUAUGGCUUGGAUGAACAAUAAAAUGAACCAGCAAAGCAAGCAGAGUCUUACUCUGGAUCCAGUCAUCAAGGUGAAAGAAAUCCAAGCAAAAACAAAGGAACUGGUUUCUGACUGCAACCCAGUAGUCUCGAAGCCCAAACCGAAGGUAGAGCCCCCAAAAGAGGAACAGAAGGAAGCUGAACAGAAUGGACCAGUAAAUGGACAGGAAAACACAGAGACUCCGCCAGCUUCCAAUGAGAAAGCACCAGACAGCAAAGGCCAGCCUGCUGCCCCUGAAACUACAGACAGCAAGCUGCCUGAGAUGGACAUUGACUAACUACUGCAACAAUCCAAAUUGUAAAAGCAUUUAAAUAGCCUUUUGACCAUCAUUUGACAUAACUUGAGCAGUUGACUUUGAUAAUAAAUACUGUCAUCUGCCAUCAUGGCAUGAUUUAUUUAUUAAAUGCAUAUUUACAUACAUACAUACAGUAUAUCACCUCAUUGACUUGUUAUGACUUUGAUUUAAAACAUAAGGUAGUCCAACUAAUUGCCUAAAAAUUAGAGGUUAAGGUUUUCAAGUAUGCAAAAGUAAUCUUCAAUAUUUGUGCUUUUAAUUGUAGUUCAACAGGUGUGAGCAAGGCUUGGUCAAGCAGAUGUUAAAUUCCUAAAAAAUAAUGUGAACUCUGUUUUAUCCUUUAAACUGGAACAGUUUAAAAGUAUUUUGAAAUCCAAUUGUUAAUGGUUCAUAACCACUGUAGUCCUAGACAGAGAUGACCCCUAAAUACAGGGGCUUGUUGACUAAUCUGAGUAUUUGUAACAAUAUUUAAAAUAAGGAGUACUUGUUAAAACAAGACUGCUUUGAGUAUUGGCUGCUCUACUAGAAAUAUUGAACCAGUUACUUAUUCAGUUAAAGGUUAUAUAAUUUGAAUGCUGUAUUCUGUUGCGGUUUAUACAUUUCUGACAUGUUCUGCAGAUAUAUUUUUUUGGACACAAUGCAGCAGCAGAAAAACAUAAGACCCCAAAAACCACAUUUUAGGAAUAAAAACAGAAGUUAUUUUGGACACACACACACACAAAAUUGAGCUCAGAAAUUGAAGUAUUGUUAAAAAUAGUGUCAAAAAUCAAAUUGAACCUGAUUUGUCGUCUCACUCCACCCCCAAAGAUAGAUUUUGUUCAAUCAAUACUGAUGUAUAAAACAAUGAGUUACUGUAACAGUAUUUACCAAGUAAAGGCUACACUUUGUUGUGGCAAGCAUAUAGAUUGACUGGUGUUGUUAAACCUUAGUGUUAAAUAUGAAACCUUAAUUUUCUGACGAUUCUUGUUGGGUGAUCCAGGGGUUGUAGGGUUCUUUUCUGUAGAAUUGAAUGCUGUUUCAUCUUGAUUGUAGAGGAACACAUUGGAUUGGUGGCAGCUGUGGAAGUGUCUUGAUAUUUCACUCAGGCUUCUGGUUUGCUAUUAUCAGUGUAUUUAUGCUUUUGUAUUUCACAGAUGUGAAGUAUAAUAAACAAAUCCUUAUAUAAA